GGCGGGCCGCGGGGAGGGAGGCGCGAAGAGGGCUCGAGGGUGGAAGCCGGAGGGAGCCGCCGCCCCUGGCCGCCCGGGUCCCCGGGGGGCGCAUGGGGCGCUCCGAGCCGGGAUCGCACGCGGGCCCCGCGCUCAGCUUCCUGUUGCCGUGAGAAGCCGCACCGGGACGCCCCAGACCCUGAGGUGCCGGGAGGAUGACCAUGGCCGGGGGCAGGAAGGGACUGGUGGCCCCGCAGAACACAUUUCUGGAGAAUAUUGUCCGGCGGUCCAAUGAUACUAAUUUCGUACUGGGGAAUGCCCAGAUAGUGGACUGGCCAAUUGUGUACAGCAAUGAUGGAUUUUGCAAGCUCUCUGGCUAUCACAGGGCGGAAGUGAUGCAAAAAAGCAGUACCUGCAGUUUUAUGUACGGGGAGCUGACUGAUAAAGAUACCAUUGAAAAGGUGCGGCAAACAUUUGAGAACUAUGAGAUGAACUCCUUUGAAAUUUUGAUGUACAAGAAGAACAGGACACCUGUGUGGUUCUUUGUGAAAAUUGCUCCAAUUCGAAACGAACAGGAUAAAGUGGUUUUAUUUCUUUGCACUUUCAGUGACAUAACAGCUUUCAAACAGCCAAUUGAGGAUGAUUCAUGUAAAGGCUGGGGCAAGUUUGCUCGGCUGACCAGAGCACUGACAAGCAGCAGAGGGGUCCUGCAGCAGCUGGCUCCCAGCGUGCAGAAAGGCGAGAACGUCCACAAGCACUCCCGUCUGGCAGAGGUUCUGCAGCUGGGCUCGGACAUUCUUCCCCAAUACAAGCAGGAGGCACCCAAGACUCCCCCUCACAUCAUCUUACAUUACUGUGUCUUUAAGACCACGUGGGAUUGGAUCAUCUUGAUCUUAACCUUCUACACCGCCAUCUUGGUCCCUUACAACGUCUCCUUUAAAACCAGGCAGAACAACGUGGCCUGGCUGGUUGUGGAUAGCAUCGUGGACGUCAUCUUUUUGGUGGACAUUGUGCUGAAUUUUCACACUACCUUUGUUGGACCAGCUGGGGAGGUGAUUUCCGACCCCAAACUCAUCCGCAUGAACUACCUGAAGACGUGGUUUGUGAUUGACCUUCUGUCCUGUUUGCCAUAUGAUGUCAUCAACGCUUUUGAGAACGUGGAUGAGGGCAUCAGCAGCCUCUUCAGCUCUCUGAAAGUUGUCCGGCUGCUCCGUUUGGGGCGCGUGGCCCGGAAGCUGGACCACUACAUCGAAUACGGAGCAGCCGUGCUGGUCUUGCUAGUGUGUGUGUUCGGGCUGGCAGCUCACUGGAUGGCCUGCAUUUGGUACAGCAUCGGGGACUAUGAGAUCUUUGACGAGGACACCAAGACCAUCCGUAACAACAGCUGGCUCUACCAGCUGGCGAUGGACAUUGGCACCCCUUACCAGUUUAACGGCUCUGGCUCAGGGAAGUGGGAAGGGGGUCCCAGCAAGAAUUCUGUCUACAUCUCCUCGUUGUACUUCACCAUGACCAGCCUCACCAGCGUGGGCUUUGGGAACAUCGCCCCAUCCACAGACAUCGAGAAGAUCUUCGCAGUGGCUAUCAUGAUGAUUGGCUCACUUCUUUAUGCCACCAUCUUCGGCAAUGUGACGACCAUUUUCCAACAGAUGUACGCCAACACCAACAGGUACCAUGAGAUGCUCAACAGCGUCCGGGACUUCCUGAAGCUCUACCAGGUGCCCAAGGGACUGAGCGAGCGAGUCAUGGAUUAUAUUGUCUCCACCUGGUCCAUGUCCAGAGGCAUUGACACGGAGAAGGUCCUGCAGAUCUGCCCGAAGGACAUGAGAGCUGACAUCUGCGUGCACCUGAACCGCAAGGUGUUCAAGGAGCACCCGGCCUUUCGGCUGGCCAGCGACGGCUGCCUGCGGGCCCUGGCCAUGGAGUUCCAGACGGUGCACUGCGCCCCCGGGGACCUCAUCUACCACGCGGGAGAGAGCGUCGACAGCCUCUGCUUUGUGGUCUCCGGCUCCCUGGAGGUGAUCCAGGACGACGAGGUGGUGGCCAUUCUAGGGAAAGGGGACGUGUUUGGAGACGUGUUCUGGAAGGAAGCCACCCUUGCCCAGUCCUGUGCCAACGUGAGGGCCUUGACCUACUGUGACCUGCAUGUGAUCAAACGGGACGCCCUGCAGAAAGUGCUGGAAUUCUACACGGCUUUCUCCCACUCCUUCUCCCGGAACCUCAUUCUCACCUACAACUUGAGGAAGAGGAUCGUCUUCCGCAAGAUCAGCGACGUGAAACGGGAGGAGGAGGAGCGCAUGAAACGCAAGAACGAGGCCCCGCUCAUCCUGCCCCCGGACCACCCGGUCCGGCGGCUCUUCCAGAGGUUCCGACAGCAGAAGGAGGCCAGGUUGGCUGCGGAGCGGGGUGGCCGGGACCUGGACGACCUGGAUGUGGAGAAGGGCAGUGUCCUGGCGGAGCACAGCCACCACGGUCUGGGGAAGGCCAGCGUCGUCACGGUCCGCGAGAGCCCUGCCACGCCCGUCGCCUUCCCCGCGGCCGCCGCGGCCUCAGGGCUGGACCACGCCCGGCUGCAGGCGCCCGGGGCCGGGGGCGCAGGCGACGGCGCCAAGCGCAAGGGCUGGGCCCGCUUCAAGGACGCCGGCGGGAAGGCCGAGGACUGGAGCAAGGUGUCCAAGGCCGAGUCCAUGGAGACCCUCCCCGAGAGGACAAAGGCCACCGGCGAGGCCACCCUCAAGAAGACGGACUCGUGUGACAGUGGCAUCACCAAGAGCGACCUGCGCCUGGACCACGUGGGCGAGGCCCGGAGCCCCCAGGACCGGAGCCCCGUCUUGGCAGAGGUCAAGCACGGCUUCUACCCCAUCCCCGAGCAGACGCUGCAGGCCACCGUCCUGGAGGUGAAACACGAGCUGAAGGAGGACAUCAAGGCCUUGAACAGCAAAAUGACCAACAUUGAGAAGCAGCUCUCCGAGAUCCUCAGGAUAUUAACUGCCAGAAGGGCCUCCCAGUCUCCGCAGGAGCCGUUUGAGAUAUCGAGGCCCCAGUCCCCAGAAUCAGGGAGAGACGUUUUUGGAGCCAGCUGAGAGGUCUGUGGACCAAAAAAAAAAAAAAAAAGAGAGAGAGAGAGACAAAAACCUACCAUCCUGCCCUAGACACCACCGCCACCACACACACCUACACGACCAGCCACGUUCAAGGUGGGCUUUUCCCCGACGGAAAAUCCAAGUGGGACCAGUCACGCUUAGGCAAAGCACCCUCCUGUGCUCUCUCUGGGGAAAGAUCCGGGCAGAGGUGUGCAAGAUGGCAGCUGCAUCUGAACUGUCUUUGCACAAUUUGGCAAGAGGGGACAUGCUGUCUGAAGGGUAUUGUCCUUCGUUUCUAAUUUUUUACUGUCAUGAUGUUUGUAAAAGAUGAAAACUACCAGGAAGGAACAGCAGCCGUUGGGGAUUGUGUGUGUGGG